AUGUCGUAUGACGGACCCGACGUUGGAAAGAUGUUGCCCGACAGUGGUGAUAAUGGAUUUGGGCAGUCUCCACACGACGACGCUCAUGCGGUUUCGAUGUACCAGGAUCACUGCACCACGCUAGACCCGAGCCAGAUACCUGCCAGAGAGAGGGAGGAGGCAGAUCGGCUGGCCCGCACGAUCCGCGAAGGGCUUCAACAUCCGGUUGCUCUCAGGGAUGACCGCGCACCAGUGCCACCAGGUGCGCUGCAGCAGAGUUUGCGGACGAAGGCCGGCCAAGAACUGGCUUCGGGUGCUUCCGAUCGGCCCGGUGUGGCAACGUCCUUUCUCAAAAAGCCGAAGAAGGGCGCCAUUGGCCGCAGCCUCAACGCCAUGAACCUGGAGUUGCCAACGUGCUUGCCAGAUGCGGUGAUACCCGACGGACAGGCAAUAUCUCCAUGGCUACUGCAGCUGAAGGAAUUGCAGGAUGCCCAUGCGGCGGAGAAGCGAGAGUCGAUGCUUCGAGAACACGGCAGCUCAGUACCGAAUGAGGCGCGGCCUGCAGAGAGAGCAGUAGCGCCAGCGGCGCAGCAGAAUAGUGCCAACACGCGCGGCACUGGAGACACUGGCAUACAAGGCCUUCGGCACGUGGGCCUGUUCCAGGCGGCCGCUUUGAACCAGGAGCUGCAUGACGGCAGAUGCGCAGGGCCCAUGUCAGGCCCCUCCGGUAGACCGGAUGGGCCGGUGGCGCUAACAUCGAGAAUCAACGCGCUGAACCUGGAACCUGGUCCUCCGCACAUGCUCUACAAGCUGGAGCACAACGAUGCCGAAAGCACCAGGUCGAGGCAAGACAGCAGGAACAACGAGGCGGCGAAGCAGAUCCACCGUAAGCUUCGCGAACAGUGGAUGACCGAGCAAACGGCUUGGCAGGGUAAGGCGCCAGCCGCAUCUUCGCCGGGCACGGAGCACCUCCUGCAGCAGAUGCAGGCACCGGCCCCCGAAGUUCAAAGAACGAUGGACGGUCAGGCGCAGAUUCAGCUGGAGCCUAGGUCGAGGGAGCCCUUGGCUCCUGAGCUGCAGCCAUGGUCGCAGACGAAGGACGCGCUGUCCGAGUGGAUCCCGCAACCAUGCACGGUAGGUGAGCCGACAGGCCUCCCUCUUCAGAGCGUUGGCCGUCCUGCGGAUGCGUUGUUGUGGCGUGGCUCAGGCCUCGUGGACGUUGCCCUUGAUGACGAUGACGAUGUGGGCGCAAGCUCGGCCCCACAACCUCACCGUUUGUUUCGGCAGUUUCUUGAAGCGGCGUGCCAGGAGCAGCCGGGUGCUGCCGCCACCCACUGGCCCCAGGCCACUGGAAACACCUACAGGAAAAUCAUGGGAGACGUGAGCGCGGGCAUGCCGCUGUUGUCAGGCCACACUUUGGUCCCGGUGCAGGGACUGGCGCCUGCUGGCCAGCCGCAGGCCGGGUCGGCCAGUCAGCAGGAAGAUGCCACAUAUGCCACUACAAAGAAGGAUGGGCCUUCUUCGCCAGGUGCGAGGAAUGGCGCCCCCGAGCAUGCAGAGAGGGCCAUGGCACUUGAGCCGGCCAUCAAAACGGCAGCUGCUCGCCACACGACCAAGUCGUUUGUCGACCUGCUGGAGCCUGUGAAGGAAGGGCGGAAAGCAUCUUUCGAUGAUCUGCUGAGCAAGUUUUACAAGACCUGCCGACAUAGCGAGCCACAGAAGCCGGCGACCUGGGAAACCAACGGCCCGUGCUACACAGAGUUUUUGGGGCAGCACACUGUUCCAAGAAGACGUAGGCAAGGCCGGCGUCGUUCAGGUUCCCAGCCUGAAGCAGGGCCGCAUCCAGAGAUGGCAGGACCUGCAGAGUACUUGACUGUGUUCUGCAAGCAUGCUAGGGAGAGCUCGCACGUGACGGCAUUUGCGUGCACCAGCGGCGAGAACAGUCGUUUCGACGCCAAUGCCGCUUCCCUGGCGGCGCUGCAGGCCGAAGCGAUCGGGCUGCCGCUUGCCGACUUGAUGGGCGCCGCCAAUCAGAGCGCCCUCGACGUGGACAACAGAACGCCCGGCGAGGCAGCAGAUGGGCAUGCAAGCGAUGCAGCCUACAGGCAGAUGUUUCAGAUGCUCGGGCCGGAAGGGCCGCAAGGGGUCGUCGCCGUGCCAAGGGCUCAGUUGGAGUUUCAACAGUACGUUGUCCAGGCUGGAAUGGGUGCAGUGCCAAACUUCGGACAAGUGGUUCCGAUGAUGGCGCGCGGCUUGGGAGAUGGCUCUCUCUGUUUUUCAUGGUGUCCAUCCUGGGAGCUGGGAAGCAAGGAAUGCAGGGCGGCCAACGAGGAGACGGCAUGA